AAAGAAGUCAUACGCUUAGCUUGAGAGGGAACUGGAGUUAGUUAAGCGCUCUAAGGAAUAGCCUUUAGCUUCUGAGCCGCACACAUUUAAUACCUUUUGCUGGGAAUAAUGUACAUCAUCUGAAGCCAUUCUAAGUAUUAAGCGCACAGCAAGCUGAACAUGAUUGAUCGUCUAAUUGGCCGACAGGUUGUCACUCUCGUCAUUAACAGAGAAAUGAAAGUUACUAAUGCCAGAGCUCGCCGUUAAAGAUGACCUCAUGGAGAAUGCCGGUUUUGUUCUCUCUUAACAUCCUAUGCACCAUGGUCGCUGCAAACGGAGAUUCAGAUUUGGAUGCUUCUGGCUUUGAUAUGGAUCUGCCAUGGCCUUUCUCUGGCGAAGUCUUGGGCUAUAUCGGAUGUUUGGUGGCGGCUGUCUUUUAUGGAAGUCAGUUCAUCCCCUUGAAAAAAGUGGAGACGGGCGAUGGCAUGUUCUUCCAGUGGGUGAACUGUCUGGCAAUCUGGCUGGUGGGGUUCUUGGGGGACCGGGCCCUCCACUCCCCGUCUGUGCAUCCAUUGGCCAUGUUGGGUGGGGCCAUUUGGGCUACAGGUAACAUCACGGCGGUGCCCAUCAUCAAGUCUGUGGGUCUGGGCCUGGGGGUGCUGCUGUGGGGCUCCACUGGGCUGUUGAUGGGGUGGGCCAGCUCCAGGUUCGGGUGGUUUGGCAUCGGCACGCAAGAGGUACCCCGGCCCGUGCUGAACUACUGUGGCGCUGCCCUCUGCCUGUUCAGCUCCUGCAUGUUCCUCUGUGUGAAGAGUGAUCUGCAGCCCCGCACCACACGCAGGAUGUCCCAAAUACCAGAGGCCUCUCCCCUCCUCAUAGACCGGAGGCUGAACCCUGACUACUGUGAUGACUCUGGCGCAUGGUUGGACUCCAUCUCCCCCAAGUCCAAACGCCUCCUUGGCUGCUCGCUGGCCAUCGUAGCAGGCAUCUUCUACGGCUUCACGUUUGUGCCUCUCCUCUACAUCAAGCACCAGGCGGUGGUCAACGGCAGCAUGUUCACCGGGGCCAGUCAGUACGAUCUGGACUACUGCUUUGCCCAAUAUAACGGCAUCUUCCUGACGAGUACUGUUUACUUCCUGAUCUACUGUGUGGCCAUGAAGAACAAACCUCGUCUGUACCCCCGAGCUGUCCUCCCAGCGAUCCUGAGCGGGACCAUGUGGGGAUUAGCCACAUACUCCUGGUUUAUGGCCAACACUUACCUCAACACAAUAAUCACCUUCCCUAUUGUGACCGCUGGGUACAGCCUUGUAGCAGCUAUGUGGGGAGGAGUGGUCUUUAAAGAAGUUCGGGGUCUGGCCAACUGCCUUGUGUUUAUGUUGGCUUCUGCGGUGGUCUUGACUGGAACUGUGCUGACGGCCCUCUCCAAGAUGUAAGAGCUCUUCUCCUGAUGACCAGCAGAGGGCACAGUAGCUCUGGUGUCUACUCGAUCAGCUCUGGACCCUCUCUGUGGUGACGUCACCUCUUCUGUUGCAGCUGACUACUGGUAGCCCUGCCUGUCCAGUGUUUUGGUGUGUGUGGACGAUUCAAAGUGAAAAAAAAAGUUUAAGUGAGUUGGUGUUUACAAUGAAAUAAAACAUAUUUAUAUUUAAAUGAA